CACAGUGUUUACGAAUGAUUUGCAUUAUAAACUUCGACCUCAACUUACCAAGUCUCCACUGAUUUAAUGGAAGUAGAACGCUUUUCUUCUAUAUUCGGGCAGUAUACGCCCGAACAAUCCACAAUGAGCACUUGCAACGCUCCCAGUUUGUUCAGCGAUACUUGUAAUAGUGUCGCCGGCAAUGUCGGAACAAGUGCACAACUCUUCAUCCUGUUGCUGAACACAAUCGUCAACGCGAAGUGUUCAUUUAUUGGCAAGAAUGACUUCCCAACGAACGUCGCCGAAACACUCCAGGAUGGUGACGAAUUUGAUUUCAUCGUGCUGGGUGCAGGAAGUGCCGGAUCGGCAGUAGCAAGCCGUUUAGCUGAAGCCAAUCCACAAUGGAAAGUAUUACUUGUGGAAGCCGGCAGUUAUCCAUCGAUAGACUCACAGAUACCUGGUUUCUUUGCGAUGAUACAAGGCGGUGAUCAUGAUUGGCAAUAUAAACCUCGCCCAUCCAAAGAAGCAUGUUUAGGUUUCAAAGAUGGACAAUGUCGCUGGCCGCGAGGAAAAGUCCUCGGUGGUACAUCUGUUUUGAACGCGAUGAUCUACGUCCGAGGACAUGCCGCUGACUAUGAUGGUUGGGAAGCGGCUGGAAAUAAAAAUUGGAGUCAUGAUAAAGUUCUGCCUUAUUUCCUGCGCGCGGAAGGACAUGUCGCCAAAGACAAACAAGAUGAACAAAAGCAUGGUUUUGAAGGUCCGCUAACUACUUCGCGAUAUCAUUCUGAUUCUGAUUUAAGAGAUGUGCUAAUCCAUGCAUCCCAGGAAUUAGAAAACAAAGGAUUGGGGCGUGAUGAACACGGAUACGGUUUAUAUGAAGCACCUAGCACCAUUGUAGAUGGGCGACGGUGUUCAACAGGUAAAGCGUAUUUAACAAGAGAAGAACAUAAAAAUACCAAAAACUUGGUCAUUGCAACCGAUACCGAAGCAAUCAAACUUUUAUUCAACAUGGAAUCCAAUAGUGUCCAAGGUAUUCCACGCGUCACUGGCGUAACUUUAAAUGUCGCAGGGAAAAUAGUUAAUGUCAAAAGUAAAACGGAAGUAGUCGUAAGUGGAGGUGCUCUCAACAGUCCAAAAUUAUUAAUACAAAGUGGUAUUGGUGACAAGAACACAAUUCAGUCACUUGGUAUACCCUUAACUGCACAUGUACCUGGUGUUGGUAAAAAUCUCCAGGAUCAUUUAUGCUCAUUUGGAGUUAUUGUCGAAAUGGACGAACGCAAUCCCAAAAUAGAUCCAAUUGACGAAAUGUACAAAUACCUCAAAAGAAACGAUGGUAAUUUUGCUGGGAUUGGUAUUACCAACAUGGUGUGGUUUAUUAACUCCGAUCAAAAUGCGAAAAAAACGCAGCCAGACUUACAAUUACAUUUCUGGGAAUUUCCAAAAGGCGAGCAUGCAAAUGUUGACCUCGUAGGCCAUGUUUUAGGAUUAAACGAUCGCAGUACACAAAGUUUACAUGAGUUGAUAGAUAGAAAACGCUUCAUGAUCAUACUUAUCACAUUAUUAUAUCCCAAAUCUAUCGGACGUUUGGAAUUCCCAUCGAAAACAACUGCCAAUGAUGGAUUGGUAAACAUGGACAUUAUUCAUCAAUAUUUGACUGAUGAAGAAGACAUGAAUGUUAUGAUCAAAGGAAUUGAUUUUGUACGUCGUAUUGUAGAAACCAAAGAAUUCAAAAAAGUCAACGCAUCAUUUGCAAAAUUCGAUACAGUAAACUGCGAGGACAAGGAGCACGCGUCCAAUGACUAUUGGAAAUGCAAUUUCAGAAAUUUUGCCAGUACGCUGUACCAUCCAGUGGGGACCUGUAGUAUGGGCAGUGAUGUUAAUCAAGGGGCGGUCGUGGACGAUGAGUUGCGAGUCCAUGGAGUACAGGGGUUGCGCGUAAUGGACGCCAGCGUGAUGCCGAAAAUCGUCGGUGGGAAUACCAACGCGCCAGCAAUUAUGAUCGGCGAGAAGGGAGCAGACAUGAUCCGCAUUGCACACAUGGCGUAAACAAGUUUGAUAAUUUAAAAUGUUCGGCAAUAAUGCCUGAAUUAAAUACAAUUUUAUACCAGA